GUCACAGCAGCUGGAGGAGGAGGCGGGGCCCACGUGAGAGGCUCUGACGCUCAGCCCGUCGCACUGUUCCCCGCGUUACUGGCGAACGGCCACGCUGCUACUCAUGCCAACACGCCCCCCCCCUCCUCCAGAGAACUGGACGGGAAACUGUCGGCGCUGCGGGACGAGAGACGGGCUCUGGAGCAAGAGCAGGCCGAGUUUGACAGAGAGCUGAUCGCUCUGGAGAGAGACCGAGAGCUCCUGAACAGAGACACCGCCGCCCUGCAGAGGGAGAGGGCGGCGGUGGACCGGGACCGAGCGGCGGACGACCGGGACCGAGCGUUUCUGGACCGAGAUCGAGCCGUGCUGGAGCGGGACCGAGCGUUUCCGGAGCGAGACCGGGCGUUUCUGGAUCGAGCCAGAGAAGACCUGGAGAGAGAGCGAAUGCUGUUUGGGGGGGAGAGGGAGCGGGAGCGGGAGAGGGGGUCAGAGGUCAGGCCGAGGAGGAGGUCGUCCUCCACACCCGGUUCUACCAGAACAUGAGGGCCGCGGACCUGGACCCGGACCAGCUGGAGACCUGACAGAGGCUGGUGACGCUGUUCCAGAGGCUGGUGGAGAAACUGUGAGCACCAACAGAAAGUUCAUCUUCUGUUCAUAAAGACUCCGAUUGAAGACUUCACAAUAGAAGCCUCUGACGUGACGGUGAUGAACAGUUGACUGUCACUGCGUCUCUGUGGAGCACUGCUGCGCUCAGGAGCGAGAUGAUGAUGUCACCAGGAAGUGAUGUCACACGCACUCUAAGAAGGUUUCAUAUCUGUGUUCAUCAGUCGACAUGAAUAAAAAGAUGUGAAAGAGUAAAA